UUAAUGAGCAAACUCUAGAAGCGCAAGGUGUUCGUCAUAACAGCGUUGUCAUGGCGAUAUUCAACCAUAGUGAAUCAGUGGAAGUAGCCAAUCAAAACAACCAAGCAAACCCAGUGACGAAAACGCGGAAUGCAGCGAGUGUGCUCGCUAACAAAACACAAGGUGGGAAAAGUCCGUAUCAAGAUUAUUUACUGGAGAUAAGUGACCAAAAUGGAAAGCGUCUUCAGUUACCCGAGGAUGAACGCAAGUCGUUGGUUCUUGCGAUGACACUUCACGAACAAGGGCGUAGAAUGGCCGAACAAAGACAAUAUGCAGACGCCUUGCCUUUGUUUUUGGCUGCCGAAGAAGAAUUCAGGCAAUGUCGUUCUGAAGUAUUGAAUGCAGUUGAUAAUUACGCCAUACUAUGUUUGGAUGUUGUUUGGUGUUAUCUUCAACUGCAGAGCAUCAGAGAUCUACCAAAUGCAGACGAAUUGCUGAAGAAAUGUGAAAAAUGUUUGAAGAAAAGUUACGGGGAAAACCUCGAACGACUUGUCUCCUUGACGGGUGGUUCUGCUAAAGAAAAAGUCCUGUACCUUCGACUUAACCUUCUUCAAGCUAUCUCCGCUUUCCACAAGGGAGAUAUGAGGCAAGCCUCGCGUCUUUUGGUUAUGGUCGAACAAGAAGUCAAUCAGUUAAAAAUAGACGAUGGAUCGCUGUCACAAAUGAUCUCUAUGGGGUUUGGUGCAUCUGAAUCAAGGCUAGCUUUGAGAUCAUGCAAUGGUGAUGUCACCGUAGCUGUUGAUUAUAUAUCGAAAAAACGCGAGGCGAAACGGAAAUUGUUAAAAGAACGAAAAGAAAAAAGAAAGAAACAUAAAAUGGCGGUGAAUUUAGGAAAAACUGCAAAUGGCGAAUGGGUGAAAAUUGAUCUGUUCAACAGAUUAUGUGAGAUGGGUUAUCGUCAGGAGUACGCUAGCGAGGCUUUACGUCAAACAAAUAACGACAUGGAUACAGCCAUUCAGAUUCUUAUCGAAAGACCUGAAUUGUUGGAGCGAGCAGUUUCCGAGAGAAGACCAAGUUUGGAAAUAUCUGAUGAGUUGAUUGCGCAGGUGACUUCCAUGGGAUUCAACGUCGACAUUUCGCGUUCAGUCUUGAAACAUUAUGGCGAUAUAAACAAAACAAUAGGGCGGUUAUUGGAAACUUCCGGUGAACUUCCUCCCGAAUGUAAAAACACGAUCAUUAAAGAUGGAAUUGUCGCAGAUUUAGCUGACCAAAGAGGAGGAGAAAAUUCAGACUCGGACAGUGAUGACCCAGAAGUAGUUCAGAAUGCAUUGAAAGAAAUCACUCCUGCAUUCGAUGUUGAAAGCGACGAGGCUCAUUUAGAUGUGACUUUAGAAGAAGAAAUCACUUUCCUUAGACAAUACAGAGAAAUGAUAAUGACAAAGAAUCAGUGGGAGAAACGAGACGAGGAAUAUGAUUUCGAAAGUGAAGAGGAAGCAGUCACCACAAGAGAUUUGCAAGAAGAUUCAAAGUGGACUUUGCAAAGUUGGUAGAUACAGAUGGAGUAUUGGGAGAAGAGUACUCUAAGGAAUGCUACUGAUGAGGGAUAAUACAAGGACCAACCGAGAAUGUGGCGAAUUCUCCGUGAGAUUGUAGAAGGAUUAUUUUAUGUUCAUUCACUUGUAGAAAAAAAGAAUUUGAAUAAUUUUCGCUUAGCUCAGUAAAUACAUAUAUUUAGGCUUAUUA